AUGUUAUCCGAAGAAGAAUAUCAUGAAGCAAAAUGGCAAUUAGAAAAUUUUCCAACAACAAUUACAGGUCAAGCAAGAAGUAGAAAAAGACAACAACUCAAACACAUUAUUAAAGAAUAUGAAUAUUCGAUAAAAUAUCCACCAUUCACACCUGCACCUUACUUGAUAUAUCAUAUUAAUCGAACAACAUCAGAUGCAAUAUUAACACAAAUAAUAACAGCAGCAAAUACAACAACAUUUUUUUGUCUUGAUACUGAAUCUGUUAUCGUACAUUAUCAACCCAACAAACCCACACUUAUACAAAUCGAAGCUAUUCUACCUCGAAAUUAUUCGAUCGUAAUCAUUAUUGAAUGUUGUUAUCUCCCUUCACGUGAUACAUUUUCAUUUUCAUUAAUAAAGAAGCUGAUGACAACAAUUUUUAACAGUAAUAAUACUAUAUAUGUUUGGGGUGAAGCAGAUGAAUUAUUGCCAUUCAAAAGUUAUAAUUUAUUUGAUGAUGAACAAUUAACACACGUUCAAUUUAAUAAUUUACAACAAGUAUUCAAAAAUAUGUGGAGAGAAAGUCAUACUCAUCAAUCAUCGAAUGAUAAUCCAUCAACUGAAUGUAUAUGCGAACCAUGUAUCGGUAAAUCUCCAAAUGAACCUUGGUCAAUCCAAUGUGCUGUUGCUCAGAAAUUGAAUCAAUGGCUUGAUAAACGUGCAACAUUAUCUAAAUUCGACAUUGGCUUAGAUCCGGCUUUAUCUUCAUGUGAUCUUGUUCAACAAAAUGAACGUGAACGUCUAACAAAAUACGCCGCAUACGACUGUCUUGCCAUGCAUCAACUUAUUAUUAAAUUAAGAAUUAUGCCUUAUCAUUCAACAACAACAACUGAACAUUCACAUGAACAUUCACAUGAACAUUCACAUGAAAAUUCACAUGAACAAUUUAAUUAUGAAUUAGAAAAUAUUUCAUCUGAUGAUGAAAAUGAUUCACCACAACCUCCACCUGCACAUGUUCAUAUUGUUGGUCGUAUAAGAUACCCACGCGAGUGGGAAUCGAGUUUGAUCAACGAACAAGUACCUGAACAUAUACAUAAUGAACAAGUACAUGAACAUAUACAUGAUGAACAUAUACAUGAACAUAUACACGAUGAACAAGUACAUGAACAUAUACAUGAUGAACAACCACCAUCACCACCACCUCAUACUGAAUUAACAUUAGAAGAACAAGCAAGAAAACGUAGAGAAAAUAGAAAACGCACCAUCAAACAACGCGUCCGAUACUACCGUAAAGAAAUUAUUUGUCGUCACUUCAAUAGAAGAUUUACAAUUACAAAAGUGAAAGAAACUCUACGACAACAUGGCAUUCCAUAUUCAGCUGUUAACAAAUCAAAAUCUGGAUUUACCUUAUACAUUGGUCUGAAAAAAGCUGAUAAUAUUGAUGAACAUGAAAGAAUUGCCCAACACCUGUUCUCAACACAUCAUCAUCAACACCAUCGUCAUCAACAAAAUGAUCAACAACAUCGUCUUCAACAACAUCGUCAAAAUCGUCAUCAACAAAAUGAUCACCAUCAACACCGAUAUUAA